AUGGCAGAGAUGAGCGGGAUGCUCCUGGUACUGCUCUACAUCUCCCACUCUUCUGCCAGAUGUGGCAUCCAGAAAUCCUCCAUUGUGGAUGAUUCCGAGGAGAACUUGGUCAGCAGCGCAGAGUUCCCGUGGGUGGUGUCACUGCAGGAUGCCCAGUACACCCACUUGGCAUUUGGCUGCAUCCUCAGUGAGUUCUGGAUCCUCAGCAUCGCAUCUGCCUUUCAGAACAGGAAGGAUGCUCUCGUUAUAGUUGGUAUAGCUAACAUGGAUCCUAGCAAGAUUUCUCACACAGAGUAUCCAGUCAAUACCAUUAUCAUCCAUGAGGGCUUUGAUAAUAAGUCAAUGAGCAAUAACAUAGCCCUCCUGAAGACAGACACGCCGAUGGAUUUCAACGACUUGGUCCAGUCCAUCUGCUUCCUUGGAAGAAAGCUGCAUAUGCCACCAGCCAUGCGGAACUGCUGGGUGUCAGGAUGGAAUCCCACGUCUGCAACAGGAAAUCACAUGACGAUGAGUAUCCUAAGGAAAAUCUCCGUGAAAGACACGGACCUAUGUCCCUUACACAGACUCCAGAAAACAGGAUGCGGUGAACACAUAGAGCAGGAAACUAAGUUCGUCUGCUUGGGGGACCCAGGAAGCCCAAUGAUGUGCCAGCUAGACCAGUUGGAUGUGUGGGUCCUGAGAGGAAUCCUGACCCAAGGUGGCGAGUCCUGCCCUGGUCUAUUUCUGUACACCAUGGUGAAAGACUACAGCAACUGGAUCAUGUCCAAGAGUGGGAGGGCAAGCCUAUCCCUGUCUUCACUCCACCACUGGGAGAAGAUGAAUCCUUUCUCCACCCGGAAAUCAUAUGAUGCCCCAACCCAGGAGACACAGACUACAUUUAGCUACAAUGAAUGGUCCCAAUCAGACUUCCAAGGGCAAACAAUGUCCACCACAUAUUCACAGCUAGCAAACAACUCUACAGAUCAUCUAGACUUAAGUGAAAAGAAUAUAAGGGAAUCAGCUGUACAACCCAUGUACUAUGACUAUUAUGGUGGGGAGAAUGAGGAGGGUGGGUUCAGUGCAGAGCAUCAGCUCCAAGAAAUUAUCUUGGUUUUCUUUGUGCUUGUUUUCUUUUGCAGCAGUGUCUGGUCUAGGAGCUAACCCCCCAAACUGAAGAGUAAGCUCAGGAUGCUGAGUGCCAGCUAUUCACCAUGCUGUUUUGGUGUCUGUUUUUGAUAGCUGCACACCUGGGCUGCCACAGAUAGGCUCAGGGCACACACUGGUUUGGCUCUCCCUCCUCUGUCCCACUCCCACAUGCGGGAAGGUCACUUUCAUUUGUGCUUGUGAACUAAAUGUGGGCUAACAGUAUCAAACCAUUAGAGUGUCCUGUGGUUCUUUCAGUGUUAAAGGCUCCAGGGGCCAGACUCUGAAAACACCCCUCACGGGC